AGGUAUACCUCAAAAUAUGGACUUCAACUAAUUGGAAUGUACUAUGAACAGAAUAAGUUGGUAUUUUUGCAAAACUUAGCACCUAAAAUAUGGCUUGAGGAUAAUCCGGAUAGUCCCCCAAAUGCUAUAGGAUGGCCAAAGAUUCUUGAAUGUUUGGUUGAACACUUUGAUCCCAAUAUUAUGAUACUAGAUGUUUUGGUUGGGUUUAUGGCAAAGUACUCUGCCGCAACCAAGUACGGGCCAAUGAUAUAUCAAGAAGAUUUGGAAAUUUGCCUUGAUCUUUGUCGUACCUCAAACUUGGAUCAAGCAUACAUUCUUGGAACUAUGGAUGAACUGCUUUAUCUUUUCGACUUCAUCAAUAGUAUUAGGGAUAAGCUACUCCGAUCAAGGCUGCUGGAUCCUAAAGAAGCAGAAAAUGGAACGGAACAAAGACCUGAAAAGGUUGUUGUAAUAGAUUAAGUGGGUUGGGUUUGUCGAUGCGAUAUCCCACCAUUAGGUACCAAAGUCAGCAUGUACUUGAUAGUACUAUAAAACGAGACGCUACAGAAAGUCGACUUUGUUGCGACUAAGGUGACUAAUAACCAUGUAUAUAGCUGAACCCGAUUGAACUCCAUUUUUGCAGCCGCUUGUUCUUUCAUGGAAUGAGCCACAGCAUAUCCUUUCCGAGUCACAUCGGUGUCUGAAAUCUUAUAUGUUCUGUACUUAAUGCAUAAGGGGGAGCCAACCCCAAACAAAACUGACCCCUAUAU